AUGGCAGAGGCGGUAGGACUGGCUGCCAGCGUCUUGGGCUUAGCGCAGACGGCAUGGACAGUGGCGAAAGGUCUCUACGACCUUGCCGACGAGAUUGGCAGCGCCGGCGACGCCGUGCGCGUCUUUGCUAACGAUUUCUGGCUGUUUGUCGAGACCACCAAAGUUCUGGGCGACCUGCUCGACAGCUUGCCGGCGGCGUCUAGGCGGACAGAGUCGACCACCGAAGAAUUGCUCGACGUUGCCAUGGACCAAGUUGUCAAACCGUUUGAGACACUCCUUCGAGAACUGGAGCCGCUUCUCGUUCGUUGGAGGGACAGUCCUAGCCGGAUGAGACAGCUAGGACUGCGCAUCCAGUGGGCCUUUAGCUGCAAGAGCAAGAUCCUUUUCUACCACGCCGCGCUCAACGCGCUCAAGGGCAACAUGUCGCUUCUCCUGCAGGCGUUGUCGCUUCAGGCUCCGAAUCCACCACACGUUCACUUGUCUAUCGCCGACACCAAAACGACUCUGCAGGGGACCUCUCGCAACAAAGCUCCAGUGCUCGUGUCGGGAAAUGAGGCAAAGGGAGACGGACGUCUACUCGUAUCCAACCCGGCGCAAGUCCAAGUGUCCCAGUCAGGUGUCGUCGCUCCAACUAUUCCUCGGCCAACGUCUAGAUCGCAGGAUAGCUUGCAGCUGUCAACAGAUCUGGCUGUCGUUCUUGUCACCGACGCUGACGAGGUCGCCGACAGUCUGAGCGAGUUCACCUUGCUGGAUGCCGAUAGUACGGGGAGUGCCGAGCAAGAGCAAGAAGAACGAGAGGAGCAACUCGAAGCAUAUGCUGCGAUCCGCGCCGUGCAGAAGAAGGUCAUCAGACUGGCCGACGAAGCAACGACCGCCGCCUCGGCUUCGAGUCCUUACCAGAGAAGAGAUCUCCUUGAGAGCAGCGAGUCCGGGAGCAUAGAGGACGACUCACUCUCCAAACAGUCAACCAGGACUUCGGUCCAGAGCAGUCCAGCCAUUAUGCAACACCGGCAGAAGGGUAACGAACACGAGCAACCGCCGGAGCAACCGCGAGAACCGGUAGCCGCGAGGGAAGCACCGAAUACUAGAGAUUUGAUUCAAGUCAUCUAUUUCACCGACACACUAGGUUCCAGUUUCGAGAUACCUUACAAUCUCGUCCGCACCUGGCAGGUAAGUGCCCCUGCCGUCGUCCCAUUCUCCGGAUACUUGCUAAAUUUCGUCGAGGCAAUGCAUGCGUUCAUAGCUGCAGACUACGACGAGGUAAAUUGGACCGACUUAUCAGUCUCAGUCGAUCUCAAAUUCGGUGAGAGCGACUUCAAAACGAUGUUGGCAGAAAUGAAAAAGGCGACACGUUUAGGUCAACUCACCGUCGUCUUUGCCGAGGACCGGAACGCCCCACCCACUACGAUGGUCCUUGCACAUGAGUGGGACACGCUUGUGAAGCCAGGUUGGAACGUCGAGUUGCGGCUGGACACAACAUAUCUCCAUCGAUUCAGACGAAGCAAAGACCUCCGCAACCCGUCCUUGAAAAUCAUCAGGUUGGCCACCACGGCAGCGAUUGAGGCGGCAGCGUCCGGCGGCCAUGUCCAGGUCGGCCGCCAUGGGAGCCAAGAGCAAGUACAUCCAUUGCUGGCGAAUACAGCCUUAGGUGAUUUGCAGCAGAGGAAAACCCAGAGAAGCUCCUUUGCAGCCUUCAGGGACAGGCUUGUUGAUAUGAAGCGCGCGUAG